AUGCGGCUUCAAGUCCUACUAUCUGCUAGCACGAUCGCUCUUGGAAGCGUCGGAGCCCUAGGACUGAGUCUUCCUAGGAAUUCAGCAUUCGCCCUGGCAGCACUGGCCCCUAGUGUUGCCUUUGCGUCUCCCGCACAAUAUCUGACGCGAGCAGCAAUGAGUCCUCGCGAAGAGGGUUUGAAACUUGAGGAUCGUGCGAAUCGGGGACCGCCCGGUUGUGGGCGUGAUCCAGCCACCUGCCAAAGAGACUAG